UUCCGAGGGAUGCGCCCCCCCCCCCCGCCCCCACAGCAGGGCGCGGGUGGGAGGUCUCGGCACCCUGGGCACCUGGGGCCGCCGGGGGCCGGAGGUGCGGGUCCCGGGCCCAGCCCUCCUCCGGCGGCACCCGCGACCCGGAGGACGCUGCGGCACCCAGCGCCUCUGGAAUCGGGCGUGCCUGCUCCUUGCUCUCAGGACUGGCGCUUAGGGCGGGCUUUGCCCUCGGCCAGGACGGGGUUACGAGUAGAACGCGGUGCUUUUCUCAUCCGCGGACACUUGGCAGAGCUCUGGCCAAGAGGCACGUGUCCCUCAUCCAAGGACAGGAGAAUAAGCAGCAUCUCGAUCAAACGAGCUUUUGUUGAUGGGUCUGGUUUGUGCUUCUGCCAGUCAUUGAUGCGGGGAAAUAACUUCAAGUCUUGGGUUUCUGUUUCCUGGUCCGUGGCCUUUGAAAAGGGGCAGCUCGGAGGUGGCGAUGACGUACGAUGAGAUCUCAGCUGAGAGAAACCAUAGUUUUUCCUCAAAUUAUGUAAGGGGGUAGGCAGUGGGCGUAAAAUGCUCUGUCGGAUGUUUGCUCUGGAGGUGCGCGGUACGUGGUGUGGCACAGGAGGAGAUGAGUAAGCUUAACCCUGAACAAGGAGCUUUAGGGACUCGGGCAGGUGUUUUUGCACGCCAUGUGGAGCCGCUCCUCGGAGCGGUCUGGGGCAGCUUUCUGGUUCCCUGUGCCGCCGUCAUGUCUCAGAGCCCCACCAGCAGCUCUUUGGACGACAAGACCUUUCUCCUGGAGUACCGAUGCCACCCGGUGCGGCCGGAGCCCCCCAGCCCGACCUCCCUCCCCGGGAAGCGCAGCUCUGCCAUGGUGCCCGACGCCGCCUCGCUCUCGGCCAUGGGCUCCCCCACCUCGGCCGAGCCCCGCCGCAUCAUCCUCAGCACGGACAGCCCGGCUGCGCUGAAGAUGGGAACCCAGCAGCUGAUCCCCAAAAGCUUGGCUGUCUCCACCAAGACCAAGAACAACCCCUCCAGACACCAGAGCUUCGGGGCAGCUGGGUCGAGCCUGGAGCCCCAGACCCCCGACCCAAAGCAGGCGUCCGUCCCCAGCCCCUCCCUGGAGGAAGAGGAGGAGGAGGAUGACAGUGGGGGAGCCCUCAAGCGCAACUUGAGGAACAUGUCCUACCGCGCGGCCAUGAAGGGCCUGGGCGCGGAGCCGGAGCCGGCGAGCACCAUCCCCUUGCUGAAACCCACGUCAGAGGAGGGCAGCGCUGUGCCUGCCCGCAGCCCCGGCAGGAACAAGAAAACCUUUGGGCGGAGGCGGGUGCAGAAGCGUGGCGGCUCGUUCAAGGACCAGCCCCGGCUGUAUCAGGAAAUCCGUGAGAGAGGUCUGAACUCCAUCGGCCAUGAGUCAGAUGACGAUUUGCUAGAGGAAUCCAUCCCAGAAGAGCCGUCCCCUCUGGAUGCUGCUAUCGUGGUGCAGAGCUAUCGCCCGGCGCAGGUGACCUGGAGCCAGCAACCAGAGGUGCUGGAAGCAGGCAUCCUGCAAAAGAUAUCCCCCGAAGAGCGCAAACGGCAGGAGGCAAUGUUUGAGAUCAUCACUUCUGAGUACUCCUACAUGCACAGCCUGCGCAUCCUGGUGUGCCACUUCAUGAGGUCGGAGGAGCUGAAGGAGACCAUGACGCAGACCGAGCACCACCACCUCUUCUCCAACAUCAGCGACAUCCUGACGGUCAGCACGAGCUUCUUUGAAGACUUAGAGAAGCGACACCAGGAAAACCUCCUAAUUCCUGACAUCAGUGACAUAGUGGAAGAACACGCCUCGAAGCAUUUCAAUCCUUACAUCAGCUACUGCUCCAAUGAAGUCUACCAGCAGAGGACGCUUCAGAAGCUGCUAAACACAAACCCCUUAUUUAAAGACACCUUGAAAAAAAUUGAAAGGAAACCAGAAUGUGGAGGCCUGCCAAUGAUAUCCUUUCUCAUUCUCCCAAUGCAGAGGGUAACACGGCUUCCUCUGCUGUUAGAUACUGUCUGUCAAAAAACAAAAGCAUGCACUGCAGCGUAUGGAGCUGCCACCAGAGCGCUGAAAGCCAUCAGCAAGCUGGUUAAGAACUGCAAUGAAGGAGCUCGUGCUAUGGAGAGGACAGAGCAGAUGUACACCCUGCAGAAACAGCUGGAAUUUGGAAAGAAGAAGCCUUUCCCGCUGACUUCUGCUUCCCGCUGGCUGCUGAAGCGGGGGGAGCUGUACCUGCUGCUGUCGGAAGAGGCGGGCAUCUUCCGCCGAGGUGCUGGCAAGCUCUGCUACCUCUUCUUGUUCAACGAUGUCCUGAUCAUAACCAAGAAGAAGAGCGAGGAGAGCUACACCGUCAUGAACUACGCCACGCUGGACCAGGUCACGGUGGAGAAGAUCGAGAACGUGGACCCGCCUUCCCCUCCUCCCGGCAAGACCGGGAGUGGUGGCAUGGCCCGCGGCGCGGCCGGCGGGCACCUGCUCCGGGUGGUGAUGGAGAAGGACAGCGAGGGCAAACGGGAGGAGAUCGUGCUGUCGGCAGAGACGCUGAGUGACCGGGCCCGGUGGAUCGCUGCGCUGAUGCACAGAGAAAAGGAAAAGCCUGACACCACUCCUAAAGGAGAGCUGAGCCAAGUGGAGAUAACCCACGCAUACCUGGCUAAGCAGGCGGACGAGAUUUCCCUGCAGCAGGCUGACGUUGUCCUGGUGUUGGGUGGAGAGGCCGGCUGGUACUGGGGUGAGAGGCUGAGGGAUGGUGAAAGGGGCUGGUUUCCCCAGUCCUGCGCUCGGCAGAUCACCAGCCGCACAGCGGUGGAGUGCAACGUCCGUCGGAUGGAGCGGCUGCGGAUAGAGACCGACGUGUAGGCUUGCAGCCAAGGAAGGAUGCCCCUGUUGUGACUUAUUUCAGGGCUCUUAAAACCUUUGCGGACUAAGCCCAUAGCGAGAAGGGACUGGGAGAUCCUUCCUUCUUGAUUUUUGUUUGUCUUGAGCAGUCACAGGCGGCAGAUCUUAUCAUUCAGGACCGGUUUUUGUAGCAGCCGUGACAGCAGCUAAUUAAUGUGAGACCUGGCAUCCGAGCGCUGCUGGCCAGCACUAGUAUUAAUGACCUGGAACAGGCUUCAAGAAGCAGCCAAGGUGUUGGCUCAAGUUGAAAAGGCUGCAGCGGCGUGCUGGGCUCUCUGAAGUGGCUCGUGCUGCCAACUCUUUCCCUGCUGACGUCUGGGCCAUUGCCUGGUGGCAGUGGCUGCACACCUGGCGUGGGAAGACCGGGGCAUGGGGAGAGCAGACCUGUAUCAAGAAUUUUUAAGAACUUCAAUCUGUAUGCUAGGCUUAUUCCUUGACCCAAUUUUCCCCUCCUGUUUCUUUUUUAUUCUUUCUUCCCCCCCCCCCCCCUCAAUUAUUCUUGGUUCUUUUGAACACAGCUGCGACCUCGGCAGGGGGAGGCGAUGCCCACCGCCUUUCAGUCACUUGCCAAAACAGCAGAUGCCGGAGGCUGCUGCAGGCGGCGUUGUUCUCGUGGAGUCAGGAAUGGGAUGCUGCAGCCAGAGGGGAGCGAUUUCCCAGUCCUACCAGACGAGCAAGCCAGCAGCACGGAGAAGAGCAAUGCUGCAGCUCCCAGCUGCCGUUCCCAUCUCCUGAGGUGGGCAGGGCACGUGCCCAGGCAGAAGGUGGGCGUCCAGUCCCCCUGGAGAGGGACCCCAUCCUUCCCGAGGCAGAGCCGUCCCCUCCCCUCCCCUUCUCCCCCAGAACUAGCACCGACCAGCGAGUAAGAUGAAGCGGGCCGAGGCAGGGCAGUUCUUUUGUCAUACCUGAGCAUCUGCAUCUGGGUUUUUCGUGAGCCAAAUGUUUAAUGCUGUAGGGCCCUUGGGGCGGUGGCAGGAGCCGGGGCCGGGCGGCUCUGCCGGUGGGUCUGCAAUUCUCACCUCGUGGAGGGGAAAGGGCAGCGCCAAUUUUGGGGUGAGGCGGCUCUGCGGGGCCUCUGGGUUUGGAGUCACAGGAGCAGCGUUGUUGUGAUGUGUCUGGUUUGAUUAAACCGCUAAAGGAAUAAUUGGGUUAACAAUAAAUCCAUGGCUCCCAACGAAACCUGUGUUCCCCUUGCCCAAUGCGGGGCUGCGUGCAACGUCGGCAGCACCGGUCGGCCCCUGUGUUUGAGCUGGUGGGUCCCUGAGCCUGCCAGCUCCCUCUCGGAUUGAUGCCAAGCAGCCAUUACAAGCUCUAAAAAGAAAGCUUUGGUCUAAUGGCAGCAUCUUUCUGGCCUCUGCUGCUUCUCGCCAUACGCACAUCUCGGGAACAAUCCUGACUAGCUGGCUAAACACAGCUGCUGUCGGCUGCAGCACGCGCCAGGUGUGAGUAACAGAGAGACCAGAGAAAUAGAAAUUCAGUGAGGCUUUCUGUUUAUUUUUCUUAACUGUGGAAGAAUUAAAAUUUUUCAUCGGUGCUAAAUUAGAGGACAUUGGAUCCAAAAAGAGACGCAAGCUGUGUGAAAACAGGAAGCAAACACACUGUAUUAAGAAAUAUGAACAGGAGAAAAAAAAAAAAACAAAA